AUGGGCGAACGACAUGAGCAGAUGGCGAUAGACCAAGGUCUCCUCCCACAGCCCAAUCUCAACGACCCUGAGCUAAGUUUCGAUCAUGCGCUCCGGUGCUCGAAUGGGAACCACGUGGAAGACCCUUCGUCCGCAUCAGCAAAGCAAGGUGAAUGGUGUGCAGAGCCCACCGAGAAGGACUGGGAACGUUUGAAACCGACAAUCGCCGAACUCUAUGCCAAAAACACUCUGGAAGAGGUUCGAAAGACGAUGAAGCACGAUCACGGCUUGAAAGUAAGCACGAAGAUGCUCAAAGACCGACGGCGCAAAUGGAACCUCGACAAGAACAUUAAAAGCCACGAAAUGAGAGCUAUCAUUCGCAUACAAGCGCAGUUGGAGCGUGCAGGCAAGACACCAGUAUUCACUCUUCGUGGCUCGCACGUAUCUCGAGAAAAAAUUGCGCGAUUUCGAAGAUCCAUGCGGGCUCUUUCUGACGAUAAGAUACUGAGGCUCCAAGACCCCACGCCGCCGGGACUGGUUUGCCAGACGCCAGUAGAUACUCCAAUCGUUGCUCCAGUCUUAAUACAGCUUGCUGAGCGUAUUGGGAGGUUGCUAAAAGAUUAUAUUCACGGCUCGUUCGACGCAGGCACUUGGUAUUUGACAGACAGUGGUGAAUGCGGGAGCACUAAGGGAUCCUGGAAGAUUAGCUAUGACUUCCACGGGGACUGUAAUCGAGCCCUUCAAUUUCUGGAUCGCAAUGAUCUUGGUAGUGCACGUCGAUACUUGGAUAUUGCUCUGGCGCGGACUCUUCGCGUGGCUCAAGAAGUCGAGAUUGACUGCUUCAUUCAACGUGCAGGCCGCUGGAGCUGGGAAACUCUGCACUUUGAAUAUCAGCGACUAUUCUAUUGCCUUAAGAAUGAUAGGGCGGGGGCGACGAAACGACUUGCUUCACUUCUCAGUGAUGUCGGAAAUAUUUUUGGAGCUACAGAUUUGCGAACACUCAAUAUUUGUCUGAAACUCGCAAGGUUUCACAUUCUUACUGGCGAGUUCAAGGAAGCAUUCGAGGUUGCUCAAAAAGUCAUAUCAAUAGAAGAGACUAGGCGGAAAACACACCCGUGGUACCUUGCGGAGGGAUACUUUACUUUAGCUACUGCUCAAGCCAGUUGGUCACGGGAAAUCCUGGCCGAGGAGAACUUCCGUCGCGCAAUUUACAUUGCCGCUGGUGAAUUUGGAUGGGAAGACACUGUUGUGAUUCGUUAUAUGUUACAUUUUGAGCAUUGGUUGGACAGCUGCGGCAGGCGGGAAGAAGCAGCUAGAGUCCGUGGAGACGGAGAGAUGUUGGUGAGUCGGAGACACCAAAAACUUGCUGAAGAAGAGAGAGAGCGGUGGGAAGCUUAUCAAGUAGCCCGUGGAUCUGUCAAAGACAAUGCUGACUCUGUUGAGUCUGUGGUAGAGUAG